AUGCCUCCCAAGAAGUCCACCACCGCCGCCCCAAAGAAGGCCGCCGGAGCUGCCGGUCAUGCCAGUUAUCAGGAUAUGAUUAAGGAGGCUAUCAUCAACAGCAUUGCUAACGUUUUCUUCGAAAUUCAGCUCAAGGAACGAAAUGGUAGCAGCCGUCAAGCCAUCAAGAAGUACAUCCAAGCCAACAACCAGCUUGGCGGUGUUUCUGAUGCUGCCUUCACUUCUCACAUCAACCGCGCACUUGCUGGCGGUGAGAAGAGCGGUGAUUUCCUCCGACCAAAGGGUCCCUCUGGUACUGUAAAGCUGGCAAAGAAGGAGACAAAGCCUGCUGUUGCUAAGCCUGUCACCAAGCCUGCUGUCGCCAAGAAAACUGCCACCGCUAAGGCGGCUCCUAAGAAGACUGUCACCAAGAAGGCACCCACCGCUACUACCACGACCACCACCACUAAGAAGGCGGCUGCUCCUAAGAAGGCGGCUGUCGCCAAGCCAAAGGCCAAUGCCAGCAAAGCCCGGAAGCCUGCUGCCCCCAAGGCCGCCCCUGCAGUGGUUGAGAAGCCUUCUGUCACUCUUGGAAAGACCAAGUCUGGGCGUGUGACUAAGACCAAGGCACCCGAUGCUGCCCCAAAGAAGGCGGCCAAGAAGGCUGCCCCUAAGAAAGCCGCUACGAAGAAAACGACACCGAAGAAGGCUACCCCAAAGAAGGCUGAAGCUUCCGCAUGAGCAAGCCCUCAACCUUUUGUUCCCUCUUGAUGUAUCCUCUUCUACGAUCUAACGCCAACGUUUCCCUCGAAGCGUAGGCGUACUGUGUGAUAUCCUCUUUGAUGACUCCUGGGCUGGGCUGGGCGGGCUGGGCUGGAACGGUUUGGAGGAGAGAUGUGCUUAUUUACGACUCGUGUCUCUGGGCCAAAGACGCGUCGUCAUGGUUUCUUAUUGUUGGCAUUACAGCAACGCUGGAUUUUGUUUAACGACGCGUCCCGGUUUGGUUAUGAUGGGCGGGCAAAGGCGUUAUGGGCGCAGUGGAGACGAGGCUGAUGGCUUAGGCUCGUGGAUGCCGUGGUCGCCAUGUGUGAUGUAUGACUGCGUGAGCCUUGAGCAGUACUGUGCAUAUAUCUGAGGCAGUAAUGAAUGCUUCAUUAUUUCAAAACGCUGUGCUG